GCGGCAUACUGACAGAAAAAUGUGGAUAUGAGGGAUACAUAGCAGCGUAUCAUUUGGUGUAUUUUUGCGAAUGUACGUUGGCCUUAUCAUUUUGUCCGUUGGGUCAACUGGCAUUCUUUACUAGCUUUCACAUCACUACGGCGUUGACGUUUUCUCAGCAGCUCUUCGAGCCAACCGUCUGCCAGACUCAUUUUACGUCGUAGGUUGUGCGUAAAAAGAGCGCGGCUGCACCUGUUCCAAUGGAUCGGUGAUUUCCGCCCGACAGCGGCGUACUCUACACAUCUUGAUCGUGCUGGCUAGAAUGAGGAGCUAAAGCACAGCUCCAGGUCGUUGAGAUGCCAGCGCUGUUACAAGUUGCCGGCGGCCCACAGCGUUACUUGGGGCUGAGAUGGAGUGUCCUUGUCGCUGUAUUAAUUCUGUCUGUCAUUGCAAGCUGCACUGCUGCGUCGGCUGUUCAUGCCAGCCAGGGAAAUGGCACGACUUCACACACGGACCACAAAACUAACGGGAACCACAGUACUCAUACCAAAAAGGCCUUCCCGGUGCUCUCUAUCAAUUAUGAUUAUGUUCGCAUGCCCUUUGAGAUUUCGCUAUGGAUACUGCUUGCCUCAUUGAUGAAGCUGGGGUUCCACCUGAUUCCCCGGCUGUCCGGCGUGGUUCCCGAGUCAUGCCUGCUGAUCGCCGUGGGCCUGCUGGUGGGCGGCCUGAUCCGGCUGAUGGGCGAGAAGCCCCCGGUGCUGGACUCCAAGCUCUUUUUCCUGUGCCUUCUGCCGCCCAUCAUCCUGGACGCUGGCUACUUCCUGCCCCUGCGGCCCUUCACCGAGAACGUGGGCACCAUCCUGAUGUUCGCGGUGGUGGGCACGCUGUGGAACGCCGCCUUCAUGGGCCUGGUGCUGUACGGCGUGUGCCAGGCGGAAGGGGGCGAGCUGGGCGAGAUGCCCCUGCUGGCGUGCCUCAUCUUCGGGUCGAUCGCGUCGGCCGUAGACCCCGUAGCGGUGCUGGCCGUGUUCGAGGAGAUCCACAUCAACGAGCUGCUGCACAUACUGGUGUUUGGGGAGUCGCUGCUCAACGACGCUGUUACAGUGGUGCUGUACCACCUGUUUGAGGAGUUUGCCCAUGCGGGCACGGUGACGGUGGCCGAUGCCUUCCUGGGCGUCAUCUGCUUCCUGGUGGUGUCUCUGGGAGGAGUGCUCGUGGGCGCCAUCUACGGGGUGCUGGGGGCGUUCACGUCGCGCUUCACCAUGCACACGCGCGUCAUCGAGCCCCUCUUCGUCUUCCUCUACAGCUACAUGGCCUACCUCUCCGCAGAGGUCUUCCACCUCUCUGGCAUCAUGUCAUUGAUCGCCUGCGGCGUGGUGAUGCGUCCGUAUGUGGAGGCCAACAUCUCCCACAAGUCCUACACCACCAUUAAGUACUUCCUAAAGAUGUGGAGCAGCGUGAGCGAGACUCUGAUCUUCAUAUUCCUGGGCGUGUCCACGGUGGCCGGCCCGCACGUCUGGAACUGGACGUUCAUGAUGGCCACCAUCUGCCUGUGCCUUGUCUCCCGCGUGCUUGGGGUGGUGGGCUUAACGGUGAUCAUCAACCGGUUCCGCAUCGUAAAGCUGACGGGUAAAGACCAAUUCAUCGUGGCGUACGGAGGGCUGCGGGGGGCCAUUGCGUUCUCACUGGUCUACUUACUGCCCGAUGACCAGUUCCCCAUGAAGAACAUGUUCCUCACCGCCAUCAUCACCGUUGUCUUCUUCACCGUAUUCGUCCAGGGAAUGACCAUUCGGCCGCUGGUGGAGCUGCUGGCGGUGAAGAAAAAGAAGGACACCAAACACUCCAUCAACGAGGAGAUCCACAUUCAGUUCCUAGAUCACUUGCUCACGGGCAUCGAAGAUGUGUGUGGACACUAUGGACAUCACCACUGGAAGGACAAGUUGAGUCGUUUCAAUAAGACCUAUGUGAAGCGCUGGUUGAUUGGCGGUGAGCGCUCCCUGGAGCCUCAGCUGAUCUCCUUCUACCACAAGAUGGAGAUGAAGCAGGCGCUCAUGAUGCUGGAGAGCGGAGGAUCAGCACCUAAUGUCUCCAUGAGGAAUAUCCAGCCCAGGCGCUCAGUGGUUCAGGUUCAGGAGCGUCUGAUUCCACGCCUGUCUAAAGGAAGAGAGCAGGAGAUCAGGAAGAUACUCAGGGCCAACCUGCAGCACACCAGACAGAGGCUGCGCUCCUACAGUCGUCACAACAUCUUCGAGGACCCUCUGGAGGAGGAAGAAGAGGACCUGAGUGAAGCCCAGAUGAGGAAGAAGAGGGUGGAGAUGCACAGGAGGAUGAGUCACUACCUGACAGUCCCUGCUAAAGCCCCAACUUCUCCAGCUAUCAGAAGAGUGAGAUUUGAGUCAGACAACCAGGCGGUGUUUGGCUCCUCCCCUGACUCCACCCCUCAGUCCAGGUUCCAGGUGUCGGUGGUUCCGUCGUUGCAGGUGACGCGGGCGCCCAUCGCCCCCAUGGAGAUGGUGUCCCAAGACUCUGUCAGCCUGGUGGACGAGUCAUCCUCCCCCAACAAGCUGCCCACACUGAAGGAGUCUGAGACCACUACUGGGGGCGUGUCCAACGGCACAGGUAGCACUCUAGGGGCGGAGUUGAGCAAGAAUAUAGGGGCGGAGCAAGAGCAUCUGAAGCUGCCCAGGUGUUUCAGUGACCCAGGCCCCAACCAGAUAGAUGAGGAGGAAGAGGAGGAGGAGGAGGAGGAGGAGGAGAAGAAGAAGCUCUCUUGAUACUGAGGAUUUAUUUGUUUGUGUGUGUGUUUGGGAGGGGGGGGUGCUUAACUCACACAGGACACCAUCAACAGAGGUUUUAUAAAAAGAUGUCACUUUGGGUCUUGGUGCGCGUGCAUGCGCGCGUGUGUGUAUGAACACAUCUCUGGUAGAUGUUGAGCAAACGUAUCACAGACAAAACGUAACACAGAUGAAUGUAGACCAUCUCACACACACAGUCCCACCUUUACAAAACAAGCACAACAAUAGCGAAUGACAGAACAGCAAAGAAACACCACUCAUCCCCAGGUCGUGUGCGUGCGUGCGUGCGUGCGUGCGUGCGUGCGUGCGUGAUGCUCUUCAACUGCACUGUCAUGCCUCAGUGAGUGUGUCUGAUCACAUUUAAAGGUAGAGUAUGUAUUGUUUUAGUUGGUUAUUUCCUACCCAUUCACAAAUGUUUCCUUUUUCAGAAAUUGUUCCACCAUCAAUUGCUAUGUACACUUUUCAUACAUGAAUAGGUAGAUCUUCCAGAUGUCUGCUAUUUUGAAUUAACUGGCAUAGUAGACAUCUUUGACGAGUCCGACGAGUAAAUAAAAGUUUAUUACUAUGUACAAAUUUGGGAAUGGGUGGGAUACAUUUUGAAAGCAAAUGAUUAACAUUACAUUCUCUACCUUUAAAGAAAAUGACGACUCAUGUCAUAGCCAUGGUCAACUCGGAAGAUAAAAUACUGAUGCUUGUGAUAACCACACAAGGGACGAUGCAUGUUUUAACUCACCCGUAUUGGUCGUAUACUGACUAGCACAGCACAUUCUCAGGGACUGUGUGAAAAUUAUGUGUGCGUGUCUGCUUGUAUAUGUUUGUAUGACCUUUAUAGUGUGAAUGGUCAUUUUUAUUGAGUAUGGAUCAAAUUUGUGUGCGUGCUUGUGUUUGUCCAUUUGUUUUGUAUCUGUCUUUGCGUGGCUUUUUUUGCAGUGUGAAUCGUAAUUUUAAGUGUGGUGUAUGGAUUUGUAAUACUGACAUGCAUGGUACUUAUGCAUGCCACAGCGGACUUUGUAAGUGUGUGUUUGUGUGUGUGUGAGAGUGAGAGUGUGAGAGAGAGUGUGUGUGUGUGUGUGUGAGAGAGAGAGAGAUGGAGAGAGUGUCUGAGCGAAAGAGUGAGUUUUUGUGCAUGCAAAUCAAAUGCAUUAAAAAUGCAGUGGCAACAAAGCAUUUGCCAGCUAGCAUUCGAAUAUAUCAAAGCAGAGCAAGCUUGAGGCAGCCAGUGCUAACUUUUGAGGAUGUGAAUUCCUCUCGUGCAGCCUUCACCACAUCACCUGCCUUCUAAGCAUCCUUUCAAGGACGAGAGGACGCUCCCUUAGAAGUAGACUCCUACAUGUAGAGGAAGGUUCCCUUAGAAUUAGAAUCCCACACGUAGCGUUUUCUUUAUGUAGAGCUAUACUAUCAUGGGAUAUUGCACACUAAAAUCAUAUGGCCUUGCUUGACGAAGUAUGCACAAAGUCCCUGGUACAUCAGGCUUAACGACCACUUUCUUUUUUAUCUUGAUGUUAUGUUUCUACAAGUAUGUCAAAUGAGUUCGGGUUGCCAAAGAACACAUUUUGUAAAAAAAAUUAAUGAAAAAAAAUCUGACAUGAUGGGAGUUUUACAGUUGUAUUCAAAACCCAGGAAAAAAAAUGUGUUCAUUCAUUUAGCGCAAAAAAAAUGCAAAACAUUUGUCUGUGAUUGUAAAAUAAAGAUAUUAUAAUUAUUGUAAAAUAAAAAACAUAAAAGUCUU